CACACAUCCUUUUCUCCCCUCACACUACGCGUUGACCACAAACCACUCAUCCCCAUGUCUUGAAUCUCGUCGGUGCUGCUGGCCAUGGGUGCGCCGCUCGCGGCAGCCCUCACCGAUGCUGCAACCGCGGAAUCUCGCCGGAGGCGCUGCAACCGGGGUAGCAGCUGGUGUAACCGGCGGGCUGUUGCAAUGCAGUGUGUGGCGGUGGCUGUUGUCCUCUCCAUUGCAGCCGCACAGCUCGCUGGCGCCGCAGCCGUGGCCGGCGCUGCAAUGACGAGAGCGGCCGCAUCGUCGGCAUCAUAGGUUGUUGGCUGCGGAUGGUGUUGCCGAGCACGUCGAUGCAACGUCGUCGGUGUUGCGGAGGAGGAGCGCUGCAACCCGUGAAUCUUGUCAGCGGCGAGGGGUGCUUCCAUGCAGCGUGUGGUGUCGCGUCCUCGCAGAUCUCGGCAGGCGAUGGAGCUGCAGUGCAACACGCUGGUGGCCAAUGCAGAGCUGCAGUGUAGCGGGCAUGGUGAUGUGCGCCGGCGGCGGAGCUGCAGUGCAACACGCCGGUGGGCGGGCCGGAGCUGCACUGCAGCGGGCAUGGUGCUGCACGCCGGUGUGCGGGGCGGAGCUGCAGUGCAGCGGGCAUGGUGGUGCGCGCCGGCGGCGGAGCUGCAGUGCAACGGUCAAUCCGCGGAUGAGGAGGGUGCGGCUGCUGCGGUUCAGCUUGUUGUAUUGGCCGAUCGAAUGGUUCGCCAGCGACGGAUCCGACGGUGAAUCUUUCAUCGACAUCAUGGUGCAGAUAUAGUGAUUCGACGGCCUGCACUUCUAGAGGAUCAUCCCUGGCCCAAGUACGUUCAUCGAUCAAGGCUUCCCAUCUUUUUGGAUGGGUGACUCAAGACACUUUCAAAACCCAUUAUUAGUAAUGUUCAUGCGGGUGAAGGAAUGACAACAUCGUUGCUACAGGCCAAUUGCAGCUUCUUUACCAAAGUCUUUGGAGUUUUUCUCCGAGCAUAGAUUAACGCCAUGAAAAAGGUGUUUUCUAGAGAUUUCAUUGUAAUUCUUAGUCAUAUGAGUUAUUUUGUAUUUUUUUGGAUGUUAGAUCCAAAUUGAUGUACCUGUAGUUGUUAUACGAGUCAAUUACACCGAUGGUGCUUGAACUUGGUGCAAACGGUCACUUUGGUGCUAGAACUUGUGGCAUACAUCGAACUGGUGUAACAAGUUGGCUCGGCGUGCAAAUACGGUACAAACCUUGGCUGUGUACGCCCGGGCCGCUGAUUAGGCACGCCAACAUGGCAUGGGUCCCGCCGUCAGUGACCCGAAGGCAGACAGGAGGGCGUGUGGCCAAUUUUUUUGUGUAAACCCCCUUGAAUUAUU